AUGGCCAUGGCCCAGAAACGGGAUACACCCAAUGAAUGUAUGACCACCGCCAAAAGUCUAAUGUCCGUGGCCUUUGAGUGGAUCUAUGCAGUGCUACAUCCAGAGCUGCAACAUGAAAUGGCCAAAAUUUCUCAAAUGUUUGAGAAUAUUGUGAAAAAUGUCAACCGGACAUUGCACAUGGACAGGCAUGGCCUGAUACCCAAGGAACUAUUCGAGAAAUUGGACACCAUUCAAUUGAAGGUGGGAAAUUUGCCACAAGAAAAUGCCAAGGAAAUUUUACAAUCCUACUAUCCCGAUUUGAAACUCAGCCCCUUUGAAUACUAUGGCAAUUAUUUGAAAUUAUUGAGAUUCCAUUAUGAACUCGAACAUACCUACCUCAACUAUGGUGACACCAAUCAUUUGCGGGACAACAAGGAAUUUUUCUAUAAAACCCCGGAAUAUAAAUAUGAUCCAGAAAUUCAUCCCGAAUACUAUGCCCCUUUGAAUAUUUUGAUCUUACCCUUGGCUCUAUUGAGGCCACCCGUAUAUCAUGUGGACUUUGAGGACUUUUUCAAACAAAGUUCAUUGGGUUCCCUAAUGGGUAAUGGGAUUUUUGGAUCCUUCGAAACAUUACAUGAUCGAUUCGACGAUGAUCAACUCCAACAAUUAGCUCAAGUUGUGGGAGUACAUUCAGCAUUUGAAGUCUUUUUCUCAUCUCUGCAAUCCGAGGAUAUUAGCCGUUAUCAAACAAUGUUCAAUUUGACCUCUCUGCAGGAACUCAAGCAAAUGUUCUUCCUCAAUGCGGUCCACUAUCGAUGUGAAUGGUAUGUGGCCAAUGCCGAUGUUGUGGAUUUUAUGGCCACUCACUUGUCGGAUUUUGCUGAAUCGUUCGACUGUAAAAUGAAUAGUUUUUUGAAAAUGUUCUAA